AUGUCCAUAAUUGCUGUAACAGGAAUUCCUCCAUUGUGGACUAAGAAAACAGUUAUUAAAAAAUUAUUAAAGACAAUUAAUGGAAAAUUUGAAGCACUUGACCUUCGAUGCACCAAACAAGGCAGAAUAUGUUACCUUCGCCUUUCAGAAAGACUGGAUCCAUUGUUUGUUGUGCAAAAAAUCAACAGACUUAAUUUUGGGAAAGUAAAACUUGGAGCUUUAAAACCGGAUCAGUUACCAGAUCUGCCCUAUAGCGUAAAACCAAAAGGGAUUCCUAAUAAAUUGCGCAGAGCACUACGUAUACCAAAUGAAUCAACUCUUGAACAGAUUCUAUUUACUGCCACCCAUGAGAUUUUGCUUGAAAUGCAAAGCAAGUACACUGGCUUAUACAAUGUCAGUAAGAAGACUGAGCACAGACUGUUGGAUAAUAUUGCUAGGAUCCUAGUUGAUCGCCUCAAGAAUAUAAUGGAAACCACAUCAGACGUGGACUCGUCUUUCAAGCUGACUAAGCAAUACAGGAAAAAACAUCCGCACUUUGCUGACUUCCAGCUAAUUCUGUCAACUCUUCAUGAAAUAGAAGAUAAGGAGGGGAAACCGCGCACACAAUUGAAUAAACAGGAAUUCUCCAAACCCAACAUAAAGCCUUACGUUAUCGACAACGUACCUUACGACAAAGUGAAGGAAAUAUGCGCCAAGUAUAUUAAAACUAUAACAAAGAAGCUCACAGACCAUGUGAACAGCCUGAACACGGACAAUUGCGACGAGUCAAAUCCUGAAGAGGCGGCACAAAAAAGAGUGCGCCUGGCACUGAAGAAGAUCGCUCCGUUCUUUCCUACGAUUAUUAAUCAAGUGGUUUUGAAGAACUUCGUUCCAGAGAAGGCGUCGUAUUACAAGAUGAGGGUAUACGGUGAGCCGUUCAUGCCGGCAAAGACUAUAAUGACGGAGUUCUUGAAGCGUCACCGUGCACAGAAAGCCUUCCGUUGCGAUCGCUCAUAUAAUCUUCUUCGCUGUAAAGUGCCCGUAGAGGCAUUACCCUUGGUGAUGGCGGCUGACGGCAGUACCGUUGCUAAAGCAACAAUACACUUUCGACUAGCAGAUGUUCCACUUUACAAAAUACCAGAGUAUAUUAGAACAGAAAUAAUGACUGCAUUUGGCAAGAACGACCAAGUGGAUGUACCUGAACAGAUGGCUGUAGAUGACGAGGAAGAAUGGAAUCGUUUCUAG